AUGCUGUUGCUGCGGUCGCUGCCGCUGCUGCUUCUGCUGGGGGCGCCACGGAGCUUCACCGAGGGCGCGGCGACGGCACUUACCCCCGACCCGGUCCUCGAGUGGCAGGAUAAAGGAAUAUUCGUUAUCCAGAGUGAGAGCCUCAAGAAAUGCAUUCAAGCAGGCAAAUCUGCCCUGACCCUGGAGAACUGCAAACCAGCAAACAAGCACAUGCUGUGGAAGUGGGUUUCAAACCACCGCCUUUUUAACAUAGGAGGCAGUGGUUGCCUGGGUCUGAAUUUAUCGAAUCCAGAGCAGCUACUAAGCAUAUAUGAGUGUGAUUCCACUCACGUUUCCUUGAGAUGGCGCUGUAACAGGAACAUGAUCACCGGCCCUCUCCAGUACACGGUCCAGGUGAAUCACAACAACGUGCUUGUGGCCUCAUGGAAAUAUCUUCAUAAGUGGAUUUCCUACAUGUCAGGUGGUGGAAGCAUUUGUGAAUAUCUGCACAAAGAUUUGUAUACAAUCAAAGGGAAUGCCCAUGGAACACCGUGCAUGUUUCCCUUCCAGUAUAACCAUCAGUGGCAUCAUGAAUGCACCCGGGAAGGGCGGGAAGACAACUUACUGUGGUGUGCCACAACAAGCCGAUAUGAAAGAGAUGAGAAGUGGGGAUUUUGCCCAGAUCCCACAUCUGCAGAAGUGGGUUGUGAUGCUGUCUGGGAGAAGGAUCUCAAUUCACACAUUUGCUACCAAUUCAACCUGCUUUCCUCUCUUUCCUGGAGUGAGGCACAUUCUUCAUGCCAGAUGCAAGGAGGAGCUUUACUAAGUAUUGCAGAUGAGAACGAAGAAAACUUCAUAAGGAAGCACUUGGGCAGUGAAGCGGUGGAAAUGUGGAUAGGUCUGAAUCAACUGGAUGAAAAUGCUGGCUGGCAGUGGUCUGAUAGAACGCCGCUCAACUAUCUGAACUGGAACCCGGAAAUAAGUUUUGAGCCAUUUGUUGAGUAUCAUUGUGGAACAUUGAAUUCAUUGAUGCCAAAUGCCUGGCAGAGUCGGGAUUGUGGGUCCACCUUGCCUUAUAUAUGUAAAAAGUAUCUAAACCACAGUGAUCAAGAAGUGACUGAAAAAGAUGCUUGGAAAUAUUACACUACCUACUGUGAGCCUGGCUGGAAUCCCCAUAAUCGUAACUGCUAUAAACUUCAGAAAGAAAAAAAGACCUGGAAGGAAGCUUUGCAUUCUUGCCAGUCUGACAACAGCACAUUAAUAAACAUUGCUUCAUUAGCACAGGUGGAGUUUCUUAUAACCCUCCUUGGAGAUGAAAAUGCAUCAGAAACAUGGAUUGGUUUGAGCAGCAAUAAAAUUCCAGUUUCCUUUGAAUGGUCCAAUGGCUCUUCAGUCACCUUUACUAAUUGGCACGCACUUGAGCCCCAAAUUCUUCCAAAUAGAAGCCAACUAUGUGUCUCAGCAGAGCAAUCUGAGGGGCACUGGAAAGUUAAAAAUUGUGAAGAAACACUUUUUUACGUUUGUAAGAAAGCAGGCCAUGUCCUUUCUGACACUGAAUCAGGCUGUCAAAAGGGAUGGGAGAGACAUGGUAGAUUCUGUUACAAAAUUGACACUGUCCUUCGAAGCUUUGACCAUGCCUCCAGUGGUUAUUACUGUCCUCCUGCACUUGUAACCAUUACAAACAGGUUUGAACAGGCUUUUAUUACCAGUUUGAUCAGUAGUGUGGUAAAAAUGAAGGGCAGUUAUUUCUGGAUAGCUCUUCAGGAUCAAAAUGGCACAGGAGAAUACACUUGGAAGACAGCAGAGGGUCAGAAGUCUGAGCCGGUGCAGUACACACACUGGAAUGCAUAUCAGCCUCGCUACAGUGGUGGCUGUGUUGUCAUGCGAGGAAGGAAUCCACCUGGUCGCUGGGAAGUGAAGGACUGCAGACAAUUUAAGGCAAUGUCCCUGUGUAAGCAACCAGUGGGAAAUCAGGAGAAAACGGAGCAGGAAGAGAGAUGGCCCUUUCACCCCUGCUACUUGGACUGGGAAUCAGAGCCUGGCUUGGCGAGCUGCUUCAAGGUAUUUCAUAGUGAAAAAGUCCUGAUGAAAAGAACAUGGAGAGAAGCAGAAGCAUUUUGUGAAGAAUUUGGAGCUCAUCUUGCAAGCUUUGCCCAUAUUGAGGAAGAGAAUUUUGUGAAUGAGCUUUUGCAUUCAAAAUUCAAUAGGACAGAAGAAAGGCAGUUCUGGAUUGGAUUUAAUAAAAGAAACCCACUGAAUGCUGGCUCCUGGGAGUGGUCUGAUGGGACUCCUGUUGUCUCUUCAUUUUUAGACAAUACUUAUUUUGGAGAAGAUGCAAGAAAUUGUGCUAUUUAUAAAACAAAUAAAACAUUGCUGCCCUUGCACUGUGGUUCCAAACGUGAAUGGAUAUGCAAGAUUCCAAGAGAUGUGAGACCCAAGAUUCCACCCUGGUACCAGUACGAUGCACCCUGGCUCUUUUAUCAGGAUGCAGAGUAUCUUUUUCAUACCUAUGCUGCAGAAUGGUCCUCCUUUGAGUUUGUCUGUGGCUGGCUACGUGGUGAUCUUCUCACAAUUCAUUCUGCACAUGAGCAAGAAUUUAUCCUCAGGAAAAUAAGAGCGCUAUCAAAGUAUGGUAUAAAUUGGUGGAUUGGACUUCAAGAAGAAAGAGCCAAUGAUGAAUUUCGCUGGAGAGAUGGAACGCCAGUAACAUACCAAAACUGGGACAAGGGAAGAGAUGGAUCUAUGAAUAAUCAGAGCCAGAGAUGUGGCUUCAUUUCAUCCCUAACAGGACUCUGGGCUAGUGAAGAGUGUUCAGUUUCUAUGCCUAGCAUCUGUAAGCGAAAGAAGGUUUGGAUCAUAGAGAAAGAGAAAGAUAUCCCAAAACAACAUGGAACAUGUCCCAAAGGAUGGCUAUAUAUUAACUAUAAGUGCCUUUUGGUGAAAAUCCCCAAAGACCCAAGGGAUUGGAAGAACUGGACAUCAGCUCAAGAUUUCUGUGUUGAAGAAGGGGGCACACUGGUCGCCAUUGAAAAUGAGGUGGAGCAAGCUUUCAUUACUAUGAAUCUUUUUGGCCAGACCACUAAUGUGUGGAUAGGGUUACAAAAUGGUAAUUAUGAAAAAUGGCUAAAUGGAAAGUCUGUGGCAUAUUCUAACUGGUCUCCAUUUGAUAUAAAUAUUCCAAGUCAUAACAUCACUGAAGUUCAAAAACACAUUCCUCUCUGUGCCUUGCUGUCGAGUAAUCCUAAUUUUCAUUUCACUGGAAAAUGGUAUUUUGAAGACUGUGGAAAAGAAGGUCAUGGGUUUGUUUGUGAAAAAAUGCAGGAUACCUCUGGACACAGUGUAAAUACAUCUGAUAUGUAUCCAGUCCCCAAUACCUUAGAAUAUGGAAACAGAACUUAUAAGAUAAUUAAUGCAAAUAUGACUUGGUAUACAGCAAUAAAAACCUGCCUAAUGCAUGGAGCAGAAUUGGCCAGCAUUACAGAUCAGUAUCACCAGUCCUUCCUCACUGUUAUCCUCAACCGGUUAGGACAUCCCCACUGGAUUGGAUUGUUCACUGCAGAUAAUGGUCUUAAUUUUGACUGGUCAGAUGGCACCAAAUCCUCCUUCACUUUUUGGAAAGACGAUGAGUCAUCCAUCUUGGGUGACUGUGUUUUUGCCGACACCAGUGGACGCUGGAGUAGCACAGCCUGCGAGUCAUUUCUGCAAGGAGCAAUUUGUCACGUACCUACUGAAACAAAACCAUUUGGACACCCAGAGUUGUGCUCAGAAACAUCUAUUCCCUGGAUAAAAUUCAAAAGUAAUUGCUACAGUUUUUCUACAGUCCUAGACAGUACGAGUUUUGAGGCUGCUCAUGAAUUUUGCAAAAAGGAAGGAUCUAAUCUUUUAACAAUCAAGGAUGAGACUGAAAAUUCAUUUCUCCUAGAAGAGCUUUUUGCUUUUGGUUCUUCUGUCCAGAUGGUUUGGUUGAAUGCUCACUUUGAUGGUGACAAUGAAACCAUAAAGUGGUUUGAUGGAACUCCCACAGACCAGUCGAACUGGGGCAUUCGGAAGCCAGAGACGGACCAUGUCAAACCCCAUCUGUGUAUUGCCCUGAGGAUCCCUGAAGGAGUGUGGCAGUUAUCUCCAUGUCAAGAAAAAAAAGGAUUUAUAUGCAAAAUGGAAGCAGAUAUUCACACAAUAAAGGAGCACUCAAGAAAAGGACCAAGUCACAGCAUUGUACCUCUUGCGGUAGCACUGACACUGAUAGUAAUUCUGGCAAUUUCUGCACUUUCUUUCUGUAUAUACAAGCACAACAGAGGUAUCUUCAGGAGACUUGCAGGGUUUGGGAAUCCUUACUAUCCUACAACCAACUUUAGUACAGUACAUUUGGAAGAAAACAUUCUCAUUUCUGAUCUUGAGAAGAAUGACCAAUAA